AUGCGCAGACUAUGCAUUGUGGCUGCUGCUCUCGGCGGCCUCCUCACGGAAUCCUCCGCCGGGCCACUGGCCGACAACCACCAAACGAGUCCGACUGCUACUAAGCUACGUCAGCUGCGCCAUGAUGAGGCCAAGUCCGACCAGCGCAGACUUGUGCAGUCACAUGGCUCAGUGGAGCACAUGACAGCGUCCGAUGCUCCGAGGCUUUCGACACCAUACGAAACCGACCGCAUGCUUCACAAGGGCGAGGAUCGUGGCUAUUUGUCGGAUGUGAUGGUAAAGGAUAUAAUAGCGAAAGAUACAGCCGCCAAACUCCACCCAUGGAGAGUGUUUGGGAGGCUCAAUCUCGACAAAGCUGACUUGGACCUUGACAUCUUCAAAGUUUGGAUGGAGUACAUUCGUGUCCAUCCUAAAUCUGAGGAAAUCAAAGAGGCGAUGCAGUAUCUCAAAAUGAGCCAUGGGAGCACGGACGUGGUGAAGAUGCUGCUGCCGGACCAUAAGGCCGUGAACUCCGUGGUUUACGAAUCACUACAAUCAGCAAUCAGUGAAGUGUUGUUACACGAGCCGAGUCAAUUGUACGGUCUGUUUUUGCAGAACGAAGUAAGCCCUGCUGAUGCUUUCGGGCUCCUCGGUCUAGAAGCCGAAGACGCGCUUGCGAAGUCACCAGAAGCCGCAGUAUUCUGGCUCAAGUUUGUUUUGGACGCGGAAUGGACUACGUCUAAAGAACCACCCGUAUGGAAUCUUGCAUUGAAUCCAGACUUCUUAUUCCCUCGUCAAGCGGUGGAUCGUUUGGUCAAGGGCAAACGACAGGAGGAUUUGGUCAAAUUCGUCGAAAUGGCUAAGAAACAUAAGGACUUAAGAGAAUCUUCCCUUUUCUUAUGGCUAAAUUUUCAUAAGCCAGAAGUGCCGAAGGGGUUGCAACCUGCAAAACACGAGGACUAA